CCUCCGUACUUCUACAUCUUCAGUCGUAUUCUGCGCGUCGUGACGUGUGGACGUGUGCCGUUAGUGCGUGCGCCAAGUACGCGAGCUUUCGAAUUUACCUGUGGAUUGUUAGUGUCGUGCUUAAAAUGAAAUAUACACACUAGAACAGUUUUGAUACUUCCUGGAUUUGACUUUGGAACGCUCACGGCCCUACGGACCUUCAUUGCAUUCAAGAUACGCGUUUGGCACCCUGAUUUCUAGAAGCAUCGAGAGCUUAUCGCUUCAAAGGUAUGGUGAAAGUUUUAUAUUAAUGAGUAGUUACGGUGCGACGGCGAUUCAAACAAAAAGGUUUUUGCUGGCAUCCUACUGAAGAUCGCUUUUUCAUAAAAUGGAAAAAUAUAGACGAAGGAAUGAUCAGAGAUGAAUCGAAGAACUCGUAAAAAGUCUAGCCCAUUUCAAGAUCAGUACAAUGUUAUAGAUUAAUACUUCUAAGUAACUAAAGUCAUGUAAAAAGAAGGGAGACGUCCAACAUCAUCAUAUCUUAUAUCAUAUCGGAGUGUCAUCAUCAAUUGGACAUAUCUUUUUAUGCUAGUCACCUGAAUGUGAUUAUAGAUAGUUAACGUUUUGCUCAAAAUCUACAAAAGUAUUUCCAAUUGUAGCUAAUUAGGAGAGUAAUGUACUAGAUAAUUUAAACUUUUAUAUUAUUAUAAAAGUUGAUCCAAAGGAAAGGAAAUAUAUUUAUAAUUAGAGAAAUCCUCUACUAAAAAUGAAGUACAGUAUGUUCUUCUUACGACGGCGGACGUUGAUCCUAAAAGCUGUUCUAAUAUUGACGGCGCUGUGGUUUAUGGUGGCGUUGUUAACGACUAAUGGAGCCACGAGGAACGCCAUCGGCGCUCCCCCCAUCGAGUAUGAGGACGCAGAAGCGAAACCCUUGAAAAUGGCAAAGCCGACGGCGACAAAGAGGAAAAGUGAAUCGUACGGAAACAACUUAUCGGACGCACGGACGAGAGUCGAUUGGCUUGGUCGGAUCGCAGGGAACGAAGGUCUUGGAGUGAUUGCCGCGCCAGGGUCAGACAAUGCACCUGGGGAGCUCGGGAAGCCGGUAAUUUUACCCAAAAAUAUGAGCGAAGAGGCGAAAACGGCCGUUUCUGAAGGUUGGAAAAAGAAUGCAUUCAAUCAGUACGUGAGCGACCUAAUAUCCAUUAGGAGGAAGUUGCCCGACCCGAGGGACGAGUGGUGUAAACAGCCGGGUCGAUACUUAGAGGAUCUGCCGCAGACGUCUGUGGUGAUAUGUUUUCACAAUGAAGCGUGGUCAGUUUUAUUAAGGACAGUCCAUUCAGUCAUUGAUAGAUCGCCUCCGCAUUUAAUAAAAGAGAUCGUUCUUGUAGAUGACUUUUCAGAUAUGCCACACUUAAUGCAACAGCUAGAUGAUUACAUGUCCGCACUACCCAAAGUGCGUAUCGUUCGUGCCACCCGGCGCGAAGGUCUCAUAAGAGCGCGUUUGCUUGGAGCAAGAUACGUCACGGCGCCUGUCCUUACAUACCUCGACAGUCAUUGUGAAUGUACUGAAGGUUGGCUCGAACCCUUGUUGGAUAGGAUAGCACGAAACAAGACUACAGUCGUCUGUCCCGUUAUCGAUGUCAUUGAUGACAACACACUCGAGUAUCACUACAGAGACUCGUCGUCCGUCAAUGUUGGUGGUUUUGACUGGAAUCUCCAAUUCAAUUGGCACCCGGUACCGGCGCGGGAACGUGCGAGACACAAACACACGGCAGAGCCGGUCUGGUCCCCUACUAUGGCCGGUGGUCUGUUUGCGAUCGACAAAGAAUUCUUCGAAAGGCUCGGAACUUACGAUAGCGGUUUCGAUAUUUGGGGAGGAGAAAAUUUGGAACUCUCGUUCAAAACUUGGAUGUGCGGUGGAACUUUGGAAAUCGUUCCCUGCUCUCACGUUGGCCAUAUAUUCAGAAAACGAUCGCCGUAUAAAUGGCGAACAGGCGUUAAUGUGCUGAAGAAAAAUUCCGUGCGAUUGGCUGAGGUAUGGCUAGACGACUAUGCAAAGUAUUAUUAUCAGCGCGUUGGUAACGACAAAGGUGAUUACGGUGACAUAAGCAGUCGAGUGGCGCUACGAGAAAAUCUUGGAUGCAAAUCUUUUGAAUGGUACCUGAAGAAUAUUUAUCCAGAGCUCUUCAUUCCUGGCGAAUCAGUAGCGCAUGGCGAGAUUCGAAAUGUCGCCUUCCAAAAGACUUGCUUGGAUUCACCGACGCGCAAGUCAGAUCAUCAUAAACCAGUCGGACUUUAUCCGUGUCACCGUCAAGGAGGAAACCAGUAUUGGAUGUAUUCGAAGAAUGGUGAAAUUCGUCGAGACGAAACAUGUCUCGAUUACUCUGGCCACGAUGUUGUUCUGUAUCCGUGCCAUGGUGCCAAGGGUAAUCAAUUAUGGCUGUAUGACCCCAAUACGAAGUUGUUACGGCACGGCUCGAGCGAGAAGUGCAUGUCCAUAAACCGCAACAAGGACAAGAUCGUGAUGGAGACGUGCCACGAGAGCGAGUCCAGGCAAAUGUGGAACAUGGAGAACUUCAACCCGGAGAGGCUCAGCCCCGAGCUGACGGCCGAGUAGCCGGAGGCCUACGAUGAAGUGCUGUUCAUAUAACAGACGGACUGAGUGAGUUAGUGAGUUAUCCAUGUGACUUACCCUGUAUAGUAGAUACUAUUAUAUCACUUGUUGUUGAACGCAUCGUGCUUCUAGAUCUAUAAACGUUUGAUGUUCCGAAUCAAACCGUCGACCCCUUUAGGCCUAAUGUUUACGGUUGAAUCGGUGUUUAGCAUGUUUUAGAUUAUCUUUUUUCUAUUAUUUUCGUACUUGUAUGUUAACAUGUUAAGAGUUGUAGUUGGUACGAGGGAAAUUCCUAUGCGACGAAAGUUCUUUUUGUAACGAUGUUUAUACCGACACGAUGUCAUGUCAUAUCAAAUUGUAAAAUACCAUAUCCUAAUAGUAUUCCUUGCGAAGUAUUAACUUAGGGCCUAAUGUGAAAUUAAUAGGAAAUUAUUAAAUGUACAUAUCUUGACUACAUAUUGUUAGAUACGGUAGUACCUAUCAAGGGAUGACAAUUGUUAUCGAAAUAUUCGUUAAUUAAAUCCUAUUACAUAUAUAUGUGUACUUCUUGGUGUUAUGUAUACAACCUUGAAUGUUAAGUUAGUAAUGUAGUUUUUCUCGUCAUUAUUUUGUUCAAAUUAUGAACACACUAUGUAUUUUAAAAUCCUUUUUAUUGUUUAAACGAAUUUAUUUCAAUAUUAUGUUAAUAUUUACUGAAGAGAGUCUGUCUAACUGACUGAAUAACUUAUAGGCUCUAUGUGAAGAGUAUUUCCUUUGUAUAUAAUAUAGUUGUUAAAGUAUAUUUAGUGUUACGAUGGAAAUUAAGUGUUAUUUUCGAUUUGUUACAAUUAUCAGAGAUGUUAUUAAAAUUCCACGUUUGAAAUUUAUAAUAUUUAUGUAAAGAGCUAUUUUGAAUUAUAUCAACAGAUUUUAUUUUUAUUUAUUUCACAUUUUAUUCACAUUAUACAUUUGAAUCUCUAUUUUACUAAAUAGAAAAACAAAUUUUGUAAUAUACCAUUGAUGUUCUCGAACAUUCUUAUUAUUAUCUCCAUUCAACAUUCCUGUUUGUGAUAUAAACAUAUUGUAAUUGUACAUAAUACUCGAUACUGCCAGUACAUUAUUAUUAAAAAAAACUAGCAUAUUGUUGCUUCUAAUUAUGUAUUUAUAAAUUAAUAAUAACUGUUACCUUACGCAUUUGUAUGUAAUAGAAAAUCGUGCUUUUUUCACUAAAGAAACCUCUAGGUGUGUAAAAUUUGUGAUUGAACUAUUGUGUAGCUCUUCCUUUAUAUUUUUUGAUGUAUAUAAAAUAAAUAAGCAUUUAUGAGAUUAGGAAGAUUGUUUAUUAUAAACAUUUAUUAUAACUAGUUGUAUAAUAGUCCUUAUAAAUAAAUUGAAAUCGAGUCUAUAUUCGCUUCGAUACUGAUGAUUUUGCAAUGUUUAAAUAAUAAAAUCUUCAACUAUUUUUGUGGUUUCUAACGCUUUUAGGCAUAAUGCGUGGGAGAGGAGCCUUUUUCGUUUUACAAAGUUAUUAUUUUCAAUGGGUUUCUGUUGUAUUUGAUAAAAAUUCAUAAGCCUAUCGUGUUCAAAGUUGAAUACUAAUAUUAGUUCAAUAGAAGUACUUUAUUGUAAUUAUUGCCUUCUCUUGCUUGUUUAUAUUUAUUUAUUCAGAAAUUUAUAUAUUCGGAACAAAAUUCGUUAUAGUUUUCUAUGUAACUUCAUAGAUGUAUGUAAUAUUGUUGGUUACAACCCUUCAAUAUAAAGGGAGGCAAAUAUUUCGCAAGUAUAUUCAAUCUCUUAUAAAUAAAAUACUGCUAAGGUACGUUUACUUGCCUUGUAGCAAAGAUUAAAUUUCUCUUUAACGUAAUAAGAUGUGUACAGAUUCAUAGUGGAUAAUAUUGAGUUAGGAUGUUAUAAAUGUGCCUUAUAUUUACGUAAUAAUUGUAUUUGAAUGUUAAAUUUUCUGUAUAUAAUGCGAUGUCUCUAAUUGUAAUAUAUCGUGGCGUAACGAUAAAUGGCGGUAGUAAUAUUUGUAAAAUAAAGCAUUAUGUUGGAUUUAUA